AUGAGUUUUGCCAAGCACUUUAUCGGCGGCAUCCUGAACAUCGUCAGCAACAUCGAUCCGGCCAUAUUCAUCCCGUCGGCGCCGCCUCCUCCCCGCAGACCUCUAGCCUUCGAGGAAGCUCACGAGAACGAUGAGGAGAAGUCCUUCCGCAGAGCUUUCAAGAAGCUGGCGGGAGAGGACAUGGAGGUGAGCCCCAAAGAGUUGAUGAACAUCCUCAACCAAGUGCUUGCCAAGCAUGGGAAUUUGAAGACGGAUGGUUUCAGCAUCGAGUCGUGCCGAAGCAUGGUGGCCGUCAUGGACAGCGAUAGCACGGGCAAGCUAGGCUUCCACGAGUUCAAGCACAUGUGGAAGAACAUCAAGAAAUGGCAGAAAAUCUACGAGUCUCACGACAAGGACGGGUCGGGCGUCAUCUGCAGCAGAGAGCUGGGGCCCGCCUUCAAGGACGCAGGCUUCCCGCUCCAAGACCAACUGUACAAAAUGAUCAUCCGGCGCUACAGCGACGAGCACGGCGACAUGGAUUUUGACAACUUUGUGGGCUGCCUGGUGCGACUGGACGCCAUGUGCAAUGCCUUCAAGACUCUGGACAAAGGAAACACCGGCUCCAUCAGCCUGGAUAUCAAAGAGUGGCUCCAGUUGACCAUGUACUCGUGA